UUUAAUUUGUCAAAAUUUGUUUGGGAUAGUGAAGAAAAUUCGGAAUUGAAAUGUGAAAUUCAAGAAGCAAAACCAAAAUUAAAAUAUUGGCUCUACAGGGAAAAUAGUCGACAUUAUCAUGUUUUUGAGCCAAUUGAAACAGUUUUGAAAAAUUUCAACUGGGAGAGAACAGAAGUUGAUUCAUCGACAUCUGCAACCAUUCACUACGAUUGGGACUUACUUUGGGCUUUCGAAUAUAUUAGACAAAUCCCACUUAAUUACUCAAAGUUGAAGCAUUAUCAAAGAAUCAAUCACAUCCCAGGAAACGUUCAUCUUGUAUUGAAAAGCUACAUGGCGACAAAUACUGAUUUGAAAUACGUUCCGAAAGCUUUCACAGAUAUCGAAGAGUUGACAGAAUAUGCGAAUAAACAUCCAGAGAAAAGAUUUGUUGAGAAAUUCAAAGCAAAUCGUGGAGUGUCCUUAAAAAAAGUUAGCGAAAUGAAUUUAACAGACACAAACAAUAUUUAUGAAGAUUAUUUCGCUCAAGAAUAUGUUGAAGAUCCUUUUCUCAUAAAUGGUCAUAAAUUUGAUUUAAACAUAUUUGUGGUGAUAACAUCAGUGGACCCAUUGAGAGUUUAUUAUUAUGGAAAAACUUAUCAUUUGAGAUUUUGUAGCAAACCAUACGAUCCGAAUAACUUCGAUGACGUAGACACCUAUGCUAUCUCUGACAGUCACAUUCCAGGCAUUCAGUUUCCAUUUGUCGAAACAUUAAUUAAUAAUUCUUAUUCAGCAAAAGAUGCAGUUCACACGUAUUUAAAAGGCAAAGGUUUGGAUCCUCAAAUUGUUGAUGAUCAGAUAGAAGAUUGCAUAAGAAAAAUCAUUCUAAUGAAGGAACCAAAAUUCAUUCAAGCGAUUAAAGCUACGUCUGGAGCUCAUGGAAAAAAUCACUUUUUCGAAUUUGUUCGAUUUGAUUUUAUUCUCGAUUCAAAACUUCAAUUGUAUUUAAUGGAAGUCAAUAUGAGUCCUAAUUUAAUACCCUACAAGUCAGUAGGUUACAAAACAAUUUUUGACAACGUUGCAUUUAAUGUUCUUUCACUUGUGGGCUUUGAAGGCAGCUUGAAUGGUUCACGUGUUAGAAAUGUGUUGAAUGAUGAUUUGUUUUGUCAAAAAGAUUGUUUAACAGUUCUUCCAGAAAUGUGCUUAAAGAAACCAUGUAAUGAGUCAUGUGAUAACUCAGAAUGCGAUUUGUGUUUUAAUUGCAUGGAUGAGUUCAUAAUUGAAGAUUUAAAAUUGGCAUAUUAUGAACACAUGAGAAUUGGAGACUUUGUUCGUGUCAUUCCACCUUCAAACGAAAGCAUGAUGAGUGACAGAAGCUACUUCACUGGAUUAUCUUAUAAAAAUGAUCUUUACGCUAGAUGGUGCCUCGAAAUGUGCAAAACUUUUAAUUUGUCAAAAUUUAUUUGGGAUAGUGAAGAAAAUUCGGAAUUGAAAUGUGAAAUUCAAGAAGCAAGACCAAAGUUAAAAUAUUGGCUCUACAGGAAAAAUAGUCGACAUUAUCAUGUUUUUAAGACAAUUGAAACAGUUUUGAAAAAUUUCAACUGGGAGAGAACAGAAGUUGAUUCAUCGACAUCUGCAACCAUUCACUACGAUUGGGAUUUACUUUGGGCUUUCGAACACAGUGGAUCAAUCCCACUUAAUUACUCAAAGUUGAAGCAUUAUCAAAGAAUCAAUCACAUCCCAGGAAACGUUCAUCUUGAAAGCAUGAUGAGAGACAGAAGCUACUUCACUGGAUUAUCUUAUAAAAACGAUCUUUACGCUAGAUGGUGCCUCGAAAUGUGCAAAAGUAACAGACAUUUCAGU